AAGCCGCCACGCAAAACUCGCCCCGUGCGUUUAUAUAGUCGCUCGCUGUCAGUUGGAUUCUUUUACGCAACCUGGCCGACACGGAAGCCCGAUGGCGGCAUCGAGCAAGAGAUGGCUUCCCCUCGAAGCUAAUCCCGAUGUCAUGAACCAGUUCAUCUGGGGACUCGGCGUUCCCGAGGAGGAGGUGGAGUUUAACGAUGUUUACGGUUUGGACGAUGAGCUCUUGGAGAUGGUUCCGAAGCCCGUCCUCGCGGUGUUGUUUCUUUUCCCCCCCUCUACACAGAGUGAAGCUGAGAGGGAAGCUGACGGAGAACAAGAUUCGACUGAGAAGAAGUUGCAGGAGCCAAAUAAAAAUGUGUAUUUUUUAAAGCAAACAGUUGGUAAUGCUUGUGGAACCAUUGGUAUUCUUCAUGCUAUAGGGAAUGCAACAUCUGAAAUUAAACUAGUUGAGGGCUCAUAUUUUGAUAGGUUCUACAAGUCAACGGCUAACAUGGAUCCAUAUGAGCGUGCUUCUUUCCUUGAAAAAGACAGAGAAAUGGAGGAUGCCCAUUCUGUAGCAGCUACUGCUGGGGAUACAGAGGCUUCUUUAAAUGUAGAUGAACAUUAUAUUUGCUUCACAUGUGUUGAUGGGGAGCUUUAUGAGCUUGAUGGGAUGAAGUCUCAACCAACAUCUCACGGUUCCUCAUCACCUAGUAGCUUGUUGCAGGAUGCUGCAAAGGUUAUAAAAGCUAUGAUCCAGAAAAAUCCUGACUCGAUGAACUUCAAUGUCAUGGCACUCUCAAAGAAACAAAGUAAUUGACACUGAAGCCAGUCAGCAUCCAGUUCAUCUUUCCAUAUGAAAGUCCAUAUCUGGCGGCAUACUAUCGUUUUUUACGGGGCCCUCUCAUUAACUUAAUAUCAUUGUAAUCGUCCAUGAGUUGAUAGAAAUCUUUACCAAAUGGCGAGGGUGUCCUGAAGUUUGCAGUGAAGCAGUCAGUGCUGCUGUUUUGAUUACCGUGCCAUGCCAGUACAUGUGCUGGUACUCUCAAACAUUUGUGCUUAAAAGAUUUUUAUCUCCAUGUCAUGAUAACGUGGAGGCAGAAACCGAGCUGCAAGAACACUAGAGGGGUAUCAUUACUUUACGGUCAAGCCUUGCAUUGCAGUUCUACUCC